AUGGCUGUCCCAGCCGCGUCUGGGCUGUCCCGACAGGUGCGGAGCUUCAGUAAGUCGGUGGUCAAUCCCUUCUCCAAGCUUGUGAGGCCCCCAGUUCAAACAUAUGGCAUCAAGGGUCGCUAUGCUACUGCCCUCCAUUCUGCUGCAGCCAAACAGAACAAGCUAGACCAGGUGAAAAAGGAGCUGGGUCGCGUGGGACAACUCCUGAAGGACCCCAAGGUGUCUCUUGCUGUUCUGAGUCCCUACGUCAAGCGCUCCAUCAAAGUGAAAAGCCUGAGUGACAUCACAGCAAAGGAGAGGUUUUCUCCGCUGACAGCCAAUCUCAUGAAUUAACUUGCUGAAAACCGUCGCCUAAGCAAUACUGAGGGCAUCAUCUCUGCCUUUUCCACCAUCAUGAGUGUCCACCGUGGAGCAGGGUCUUGCAUGGUGACCACAGCAUCUGCUCUAGAUGAAGGUGUUGUCUCUGAGUUAAAGGCAGUGCAGAAGAGCUUCCGGGGUCAAGGCCAAGUAUUGAAACUGGAGGUUAAAAUUGACCCGUCAAUCAUGGGUGGGAUGAUUGUCUGAAUUGGGGAGAAAUAUGCCGAUAUGUCCUCAAAGACCAAGACUCAGAAACUCAGCAAGGCCAUGCGGGACUUGCUCUAA